AGUAUUCUCCAUUCUCUUCUUCCCAAACAAAAAUAACAAAUUAAAGAGAGACUAAUUAGUGAAAUUGAGAAAUAAUUAUCAUGGAGGGAUCAAAGAGUUGUUGCCCACCUGGUGAAGCUAACAGCAAAGCAUGCUGCAAGUGCGGCCCUGGGUGGACUUGCGUGAUAAGAAAAAUUGAAGACCCUCAACCUGAUGCCAAGCCUUUCACCAACUGCAGCGAUACCUGUGUCUGCAUCACGGACGAGUCAAAGAAAGUGGAGACUGAAGGAGGAUACUGUGUAUGUGGAGAAGGGUAUGCUUGUAGUUUCACAAAAACAGAAGGUCCUGAUGCUGGAAAAGUGCUCUUCGAGUGUGGUAAUGGUUGCAGGUGUGAGGUUUCUGGUUCUGGUAAUGAGGUUAUUGUCCUCAAGGAUGCCUGAUAACUUCAAUGUGUAAGGGUUAGUGGAAACACAUAUAUACCAAAUGCUCAUGGUGUAGUACUUCAUAUGUACAAGCAAGUUGUAUUAGCAAUUUGGGAGGCCACUAGCCAAAUUUCAAUAUUGUGUGUGCCAUGUUUUAUUUCAUCGAAUAAGCAUUGUUGUCGAUACUCAAUAGGGUGUAAUCGUGUAAUGUUGUUACACUCUUGUGCAAUGUAAUGUUAUUUGUUGUUGUGUGAAGUUUGUAUACUUAACUCAUCACUACUUUGUCA